CACCUGACCAAGAAGGCUUGCAGUGCUGGGUAAUGGCGACGUGAAACCAGCUUGGCGAUAUGAUUAAGACUUUUUUUCGCCCCUUUGCAACCGAAAUAACUUUGCUUUCGAUUCAAAAUAGGGAGCAUACCCUUUUCGAAAGGCCAAUUGGCAGUUUUGAUGAGUAAUAGGAAAUAUCCCAGACUAUCGGACGGGUACCAUGAAAGGAGUCCGCUUCACCCGUAUCAGGCCAGUAGCAAGUACACAGGGAAGACUAACUCAAAUUGUGCUGUGGAUGGUGUCAGGGAUAGAUCACCAACAAACUCUAGUGGCCGCAAUAGUCGAGAUAACUCCCCCUAUUCCUCUACAAAUCGAAAUUCGUCCCCAAGGUCUCAUAGAUCAAAAUACAGCACCUAUCGCACAAAAGACACAAAUAAACGAGGAUCUAGUGAGUCUCCCAUUGAAUCCUCCCGGGAGCGGCCAGUUAGCAAGUUUAAUCACAUCAGCACCAGUGAGGAAUUCCCAUGGUCCCAACAUGUCAGCUCGUCAGGCAAAAUAUAUUACUACAAUUUUAAAACAGAGAAGUCUCAAUGGGAAAAGCCCAAAGAAUGGCUUGAGAGAGAGAAGCGAGAGAAAGACAAGGUUAGACAAAAGCAGCUUGCAAUGGCAGAGUCGAAAGACAAAGAUCACAUCAGUGCCAGAGACUCCAAUAAAUCCUCCAAGUAUACUUCAGCAAAGAUCCCUAGUAGCAGAGAGCAAUACAGCAAUGAAAAAUACUCAGAAGAUCACCCACGACACACCAACCAUUCUAACAGCCUUGACAGACACCCUGUGGUCAAGACUACCUCUGCCUAUACCUCGGCCAUGUCAACUGGCUCACACAGUAACAGAUCUACUCCAGUUGCUACAAAUCCUUCAGUUUCUCCUGCAGGAAGCCUUCAAGAUGUGUCCCCCCCUUCUACCCCAUCCUCACGGCCGAGUGUGUACGAUGCCAAUGUGCACACAGCCUCUCCACAGCUGAUCUCACUAUCCCCACACCCCACACAGUUCACUCCCACCCAGUCCCCACAGCUGUUGCAACAGCAUCUUCAGCGCCACAUGCCCGCCCAAGUUUCCUACCCUGUGACGCAGGGAACUGUAUCUUCCACUCAGCUACAUAACAUGCAAUCAAGCUAUACUCAAUAUGGACUUGUAAAUAAUGGUAACCAGGAGCAUGAAAAUUGUACUGCACAGCCUUCAAUUAGUCAGCAAUCACAGAAAAAUCACUAUGAAGUGUUGGCUGCCCAGCCAGCUUUGCAUCCUCUACAGCAAGCCACACUUCUUCACCAGAGACAAUUAACUGAGGCAAAACAUUCUACAAUGCCGCACCACUAUGCAUCCCAGUCUGUGAGCACUCAGAUGUCCACCAGUGCAAUAGCCUGGGAAGAUAACAGGGCCAGUAACUCAGGCUCACCUGGCCUCUUGCCUCACACAUCAGCUACCAGUAAGGAGCAGCUGCCCGGGCUAUCAGGCACACACAUGCCUCAGAUAAGUGUCCAGGCAUCAUCGUCACCUUAUGGUUCGCUAUCAAGCCAGCCUUCGCCUACGGUCAACCUCCAAGCGCUGAACAAAUUUGUGGAUAAGUCCCUCACCAAUCAUGUGGUUGGGUGGGUUACCGAAGGGGCCGAGAAACAGAUCCAAAGGCUCAGCGAAGAAGGGAGCUCAAAUGCAAACGAUGCAAACAAAACUAUAAUUGAACAAUUUCAGUUACAUUCACAAUUAAAUCUCCUGGAGCUACGGCUAGAUCUGGGGACGAAACGGUUAGCAUCUCUCAAGGAAGUGACCAAGACCCUGGAGUUCCUUCUAGCAGAGUCUGAUAAAAAGUCGCUAACGUGAUGAUUACUCGUUUGCUUGUCGACAAUUGCAGAGGGAGAGCUCGAUUCCUUCACCUUGUCGAUUGUUAAAUGAAGUUUAAGGCAGACACUGAGACUGAGUCACUGAGUAGGAGCCAUAAAUCCUUACCAUUAGAUAUUCCCUUUCUGUUCAGCGUUGGUCACCCGUAUUGCCACUGCGCCAUGCUCCUCUGUUCAGCAUGAAAUGCACAUGAAUUGCACGGCGCACCCUGGGGGGGGAGCCCACGGUUGAUAUUGUCUCUUUGAGAUGACUAUUCCCUCCCGAAGGGACAUUCUUGUUGAGAUUGUGUUGUAUAAUAGAAUCUGUCAAAUGCA